AUGGUGGACCUUAGACAAAGAGACCCUCUCUCUCCUAUGCUAUUUCUACUAGUUGUUGAUGUUCUAAAUAGAAUGCUCACCACUAGUGUAGCAUCGGGAGAUCUUUCUGAUCCCCAGCUUAAGGGGGAAUUAAACUCCAUUAGAUCCCUUCAAUUUACAGAUGAUACUAUCAUCUUCUCUAAGGCCUCUUCUUCAGACAUGAUUACUCUCAAGAUCAUCCUUCUUAUCUCUGUCAAUAUCUCAGGUCUUAAGCCAUUGACAAAAUCAGAAGAAACUUCCUCUGGAGUGGCAGUCACCAUUUUCCCAAAGCUAAGUGUCUUGUUUCCUGGGACACAAAACAAUUUCAUCAGCCGAGUGAUCUUCUCCUUGUAUUCUAAAGAUGGUUCAAACCUUGUUUUAUGCCUUCCUAAAUCUCUGGCCUCUAAACUCCUCAAAGAUCUGCACUCUAUAAACUCAGAUUUCUUUAGUUUUGCUAGAUGGCAAGUAGGAGAUGGAAAGUCUUGCAGAUUUUGGAUUGAUAAGUGGGCCGGUGUCAACUCUCUCAGUAGUUUGUUCCCCAAAGCUUUCAACCUCGCCUUCUCCCCCAACUGUAAUUCUCACUCCCAAGGGUUCAUGGUUGAUAACUUCUGGAACUGGCACAUCAUUUUAAGAAGAGGUUCCACCACAGUAGAGAGAUCUGAUAUAGCAAGUCUGAGAUCCUUUCUGGAUACUCUAUCCUCUGUUGAUAGUCAUUCAAAAGACUAUCUUUGGUGGCCUCUUCAUCUGUCAGGUACUGAAGAAGAUAGAAUGGCAAGAAGAAUUCGUAGGGCUGCAUCAAGCUGGAGUUCCAGGAAAUCGCAAAGAAGAAAAAUGUGAAUGUUGCAGGAGGUAACUUCUAGCGAGACAGUCGGCUUCCCCCUUCUUCAGUAGGCAUAGCCUCUGUCUUCCUCUUAUCUUUUUUCUUUUCGGUCUCGAGGGGCUGUUUUGUGAUAUGUAUCUCCAGGCUCUUCAAACUCUAUGCUUUGGGUUUUUGUUUUGAUAGUUUCCUUGUGAUAUAGUUGUUUUAUCAGUUGUGAGGCCAGAAUCAUGGGUUUCUUGUUCUGAUAGGUGACGACAAGGUCCGCUCCCUAUCGUUCAAUUAGUUCCAUGUUUUCUUUCUUCACAAAG